AUGGGGGGCAAUGUUGACAUUCUGAAAACGAUUCGCACCAGAAGAGGCCCGGGGGUCGUGAAAGCAAAGGGAAGGGUAAGAGAAAGAGAGAAAGCGGCGCAUAUGUGCAUUGUAGGGUCCUUGGUUUUGGAUGUAAUGCAGUUUCUCCUCUCUGCGCUCCAUUACGCAGCUUCGGAAGGUCACGCUGCCGCAGUCGCCCAGCUGCUCGAAUGGGGAUGCGCUGACGAAAUCGAUAAGCCUGAUUGUGUAUGCUUUCAUUCAAAGCUUCAAGGCCGUUGCGACUUUCUUUGCUUUUUCCCUUCGUGGCAGCGAUCCCUGACCCCAUUUCAUCUUGGAGCUUUCUGCGGGCGUCUGGAUGUGCUCAAAGUGCUGUACUCUAAAUUUGGAGAGCGCCUGCUUGAGCAAAGAGACGAGGUCCUGGAAGCUACCGUGACGGUUGAUGUAUGUACUGGUUUCUGUUGUGGAUGUGUGGACAGGCUGGCCAAUUCGCCAUCCACCUCGCAGCUGGGGAAUUCAAUGACAACGCUGAUGUGGUCACUCAGCUGAUCGAGUGGGGCGGCAUAAAGGAGCUCGAAAAGAAAAGACACGUAAGUGUUCUUUGUGUCGGUCGAGAAGCAGGUGCCUGCACUUGAUGGCUAUGGCUGCAGGACGGUUUGACACUCUUCGGUGUGGCUGCGCUCUGUGGUCGCGCCGAUGCGUUGAGGGCGAUGCAUGCCAAGGGAGGCCAGGCACUCCUGUCUCAGAAGGAAGAAGAUGUAAGAUCACAGGACUGAUUCCCAUCGACAGCAUGAUGGUUCAGAUGCGUGUGUACGUGUAUCUAAUGUAGUCGGGCAACUUCCCCAUCCAUGCAGCUGCUGGCGGCAGUUCGGGCGAUGCAGGUCGUGAUACUCUAGGUCAUGUCGCUGUGGUGAGGCAGCUGGUGGACUGGGGCGGCCUUGAGGAGCUCGACCGCUGCGAUGAAGUAAUGGCAUUCUCCAAAUGCAAUGCAUUCUUGACUUUGCCUGACUAUGGCUGCGAUUUAUUCUGCAGUACGGAAACACACCGUUCCAUCUCGCGGCGUUGUGUGGUUGCAUUUUUGUGAUGGAGGCGAUGUACGCCAAGGCCGGGAAGGCGCUGCUGGACAAGCAGAGAAAAGUGAGAAAACGCAGCUUACAACAGGCUGACUCGCUUGUCCUGUGCCAUGUUUUCCUCUUGCCUGUGUAUUCAUGUGUGAUGCAGGGUGGCUAUUUCCCCAUUCACUGGGCAGCCGACAAGGGUCACGUGGCUGUGGUCAAUCAGCUCGUCGAGUGGAAGGGCACAAAGGAGCUCGACAAAUGCGAUGUUGUCAGUCAACCACCUGAGAUGCACUGACAAGAGGUGGCUGCCUGACUGUGUCUGCUGUUUAUUCUGCAGAACGACAACACACCCCUCCACUGUGCUGCGUCGGGCGGUCACGUCUCUGUGAUUGAGGCGAUGUACGCCAAGGGCGGGAAGACGCUGCUGGACAAGCAGAACAAAGUGAGGAUAGACACAGCUCGCGACAUCGUUUCCUGUGUCGUGAGCUUCUUCCUGCUUGUGUGUAUUUGUGUGUGUGAUGCAGGAUGGCUAUUUCGCCAUUCACUGGGCAGCCGACAAAGGUCAUGUCGGUGCCGUGGAGCGGCUGAUCGAGUUUGGUGGGACAGAAGAGCUCGACAAGCGUGACAAAGUACGGCACCCUCCCCCUCCAUACAAUGCAUCGAGAUGGAUUUCCUGGAAUGUUUGGGUGUCCAUGGUGCAGGACGAUGACACACCCCUCCACCGCGCUGCGCUGGGCGGUCACGUCUCUGUGAUUGAGGCGAUGUACGCCAAGGGCGGGAAGACGCUGCUGGACAAGCAGAACAAAGUGAGAAGAAACGCAGCUCGCGACAGAGUUUGCUGUGCCGUGAGCUUCUUCCUGCCUGUGUGUAUUUGUGUGUGUGAUGCAGAAGGGCAGGUUUCCAUCCACUUCGCAGCCGACAAAGGUCAUGUCGAUGCCGUGGAGCGGCUGAUCGAGUUUGGUGGGACAGAGGAGCUCGACAAGCGUGACAAUGUAACGCACCCUCCUCCUUCAAACAAUACAUCGAGAUGGAUUUCCUACCAUGUUUGGCUGUCCAUGCUGCAGGACGAUAACACACCUUUCCACCAGGCUGCAAUAUGUGGUCGCGUCUCUGUGAUUGACGCAAUGCAUGCGCAUCGCGGCCAGUCGCUACUUGACACAUAUGGAAACUACAAGGUGAGAGGUACACACUUUGAUAGACAUGGCUGCAUGUGUCCUCCUGCACAUGUGCAAUGCAGGCUUUCCCUAUUCAUCUGUGCGUGGCCGGUACGGCAACAGAAGGCGAUACUCCAGGCCAUGUUGCUGUAUGUAAACGAUUGAUGGAGUUGGGUGGAAAAGUGGAGCUCGACAAGCGAGAUGAGGUAAUUCUUGUCGCUACUUGAUGCAUUCGCAAACCCUUUUCUUCACACAGGGCUUGGGCACUACUCCCUUUCACACUGCCGUAUUCAAUGGCUACGUUGAGCUAAUGAAGACUAUGUUUGCGGUGGGUGGCAAACCGCUACUGGACGCGAGGAGCAAUGUAAGGAAGACAGAAUGUCAUAUUUUCUCACCUGAGUGUUUGAAUGUGAGUCAGAAGGGCUCAUUACCGAUUCAUCAAACAGAAGGCGCCCAUACUGUUUCCAGCCGCCAUAUCGCAGCCAUGAAGCAGCUGAUUGAGUGGGGAGGCGUCAAGCAGCUGAAAGAGAAAACCAGCGCUGUAAGCAGUGCCCCCAUCAGUCCAUUCGUAUGCCUUGAUUUGUUGUGUGCGUGUGCGUCACAGGGCAACACUCCCUUUCACACUGCCGCGUUCAAUGGUUCCAUUGAGCUAAUGAACACUAUGUAUGCGGUGGGUGGCAAACCGCUACUGGACGCGAGGAACAAUGUAAGUGAAGAAGAAGACAGAAUGUCAUAUUUUCGCACCUUCAGUGUUUGAAUGUGAGUCAGGAUGGCGAAUUACCGAUUCAUCGAGCAGCAGGCUGCGAUACUGUUUCCAGCCGCCAUAUCGCAGCCAUGAAGCAGCUGAUCGAGUGGGGGGGCGUCAAGCAGCUGAAAGAGAAAACCAAGGCUGUAAGCUGCAUUCCAUGCCGUCAGCCUUUUCUCUGCCCUCAUUCGUUUUGUACAUGUGCGUCAUGCAGGGCAAGACCCCGCUGGACCUUGCGCAGAGCGACGAAAUGCGCAGGCUCCUCAGCAGCUACAAAUAG